AUGCCUCUCACUCCUCACUCGCCCGGGUCCGCGUCCUCCUUCGUUUACAACUCUGCUGGCCAGAACCUUGCUCACAACUUCGAAAGCCGUAACCCCAUGUCUUCCUCGCAGAUCUCCUGGCUCGCGGGCCUUUCGACGAGCUUCGAUGCUCCCACCGAUGAGCAGAAGUACCUCCGCAAGACGUCGAUCAUUGCGACCAUCGGACCCAAGGUCAACAACGUCCCGACCCUCGUCGCUCUUGCCGACGCUGGUAUGAACAUUGUCCGUAUGAACUUCUCGCACGGCUCCUACGAGUAUCACCAGUCCGUCAUCGACAACACCCGCGAGGCCGACAAGCAGCUCGCCGAGCGUCCCCUCGCCAUCGCCCUCGACACCAAGGGCCCCGAGAUCCGUACUGGUCUCAUGACCAACGACCAGGAUGUCCCUAUCCCGGCCGGACACGAGUUCUGGGUUACCACCGACCCCGCGUACAAGGAGAGCGGAACUGCCGACAUGAUCUACAUGGACUACACCAACCUGCCCAAGGUCACCGCCCCCGGCAAGCUCAUCUACGUCGAUGACGGUAUCCUCUCCCUCCAGGUCAUCUCGAUCGACGGCGACAAGCUCCGCGUCAAGUCGCUCAACUCGGGCACCCUCUCGUCGCGCAAGGGCGUCAAUCUCCCCAAGACCCCCGUCGACCUCCCCCCCCUCUCGGAGAAGGACAAGUCCGACCUCGCCUUUGGUGUCAAGAACGGCAUCGACAUGAUCUUCGCCUCGUUCAUCCGUCGCGCCGACGACGUCCGCGAGAUCCGCAAGGUCCUCGGCCAGCUCGGUGCUAGCAUCAAGAUCAUCGUCAAGAUUGAGAACGAGCAGGGUGUCACCAACUUCGACGAGAUUCUUGCUGAGGCCGACGGUGUCAUGGUCGCCCGUGGUGACCUUGGUAUCGAGAUCCCCGCCUCGCAGGUCUUCCUCGCCCAGAAGAUGAUGAUCGCCAAGUGCAACGUUGCCGGCAAGCCCGUCAUCUGUGCCACCCAGAUGCUCGAGUCCAUGACCGUCUCUGACGUUGCCAACGCCGUCCUCGACGGUGCUGACUGUGUCAUGCUUUCUGGUGAGACCGCCAAGGGCAAGUACCCCAUUGAGGCCGUCAAGAUGAUGGCCGAGACCGCCUACCUCGCCGAGUCUGCCAUCUCGUACAACGGUCUCUUCGACCAGCUCCGUCAGCUUACUCCCCGCCCGACCGAGACCGCCGAGACUCUCGCUCUCUCUGCCGUCGCCGCCUCGAUUGAGCAGGACGCCGGUGCCAUCAUUGUCCUCUCGACCUCUGGUGUCUCGGCCCGCCUCAUUUCCAAGUACCGCCCCAAGUGCCCCAUCAUCUGUGUCACUCGCAACGCUGCCACCGCGCGCCAGCUCCACCUCUCGCGUGGUGUCUACCCCGUCUUCUACCCCGAGCCCCGCGGUGUCCCUGCCGAGAAGUGGCAGAUCGACGUCGACAACCGUAUCCGCUACGGUCUCAAGGUCGCUCUCCACCUUAACAUUAUCCGCCCCGAGGCCACCACCAACACCCUUCGUAUCCUUUCGGUUCCCACUGACCCUUCGGACCUUGAGAUCGCCUACAUUGACCGUGACGAGUCCAUCCACUAUUAUGCUUAG